AUGGGAAAAGCACAACUUGAUAUUACUAAUUACCACCUGCAUAUAUCCUAUCUGAGAAAUCUCGCACUUGGUGGAACACUAGAAGGGUAUGCUAAAGCCAAUAUUACGCCAUACAUACACUCAAUGGUUUACCAUGUCCCUCGCUUCAUGAAAAUGCACAAUGGAGUAAAACAGUUUUCUGGACAAGGUAACUAUGAAUAGUUUUUAUUAUUAAAUCUGAAUCUGGGUAACAUUUUUAUAAUUUCAUACAAAAUAUGUUAGCAUUAAUAGUGAUAUACUUGGUCAGUGUAAGUUACAGACAAUAAUUGUAAUGGUGAUGCAAUUUCGACGGUGAUUGGCUCAGAAAAAAACCAGACAAUUCUCAAUAUCUUGCCACCUGCAACGACAUUGAAAAUUGUCUUGGGACUUGAUUUUGAAUGUGAAUUGUUAAAUUACCAAUUAUAUAAUAAAAAAUUAUUGAAUUUGACUUUUGCAUGAUAUCAGGAAUUGCCCAGACCUUGGUCAAUGUUAUCUGCCUUCGACUUUGGCAGAUAACAUUGAACAAGGUCUGGAUAAUUCUUGAUAUGCUCAGCCUCUUUCAACAAUUGUUAAAUUAAAUGAUAAUCAUUGAUGUGUACUGUAGGUGUUGAGAAGUUGAACGAUACUUGCAGAAGAAUCCACCUUGAAAAAUCGAAUAAGUGGGAUGCAGCCAAGCAUGUUCUUAUGGCCGAAGAGCGUCUUGGAGUUCGAAGUGAUUUAGAAAGAACGCCCAGAUCAUAG